UCCUCAUAUGAUUUCGAUCUUGAAGAGAAAAAAUCUAGGUUUUGUGAUAGUAUCUUAUAGGUUUGAUGUUAAGUAAUCUUGGAUGUUGAUGUUGUGUUGGUUUGGAUGUUGAGAGUACCAAUCACAUUGUUGUGCUGUGUAAACACGGAUCUAGAACGGACGGUCAAUCAUUGAGUAAGGAGAAUACCUCUGUUCCCCGAAGUGAACAACUGAGUCCGGCUCAAAAGACUUGCAAGACUCAGCCAAGAACUUGAACUCACAGAUGUCGCUCAAUGGACUUCCCUGUCAAAGCCUUUCCACCUGCUGAUCCUGUCAUGAAUAGAGUCUAUUGGAGUUACAGGAUUCAAUACCAAGCUGGUGGUCUAAAAGACGCCUUACAAGGUUGUCAACAAUGCGUUCUUCUUGGAUAAGUGGAGAGGAGUGGCCCAACGACACGUUUUGGUUUAGACGAUGAUGGUAGAUGUUUCUGGUUGUGCUUGUCGGCUUAUAGGUACAGAAGCUGCUCGGAAACGGCAGAUUCUUCUCAUAUGUAUGCUUCUCUUGGAAGACAAGUCCUUUGAUAGGUGAUCGAUCUUGAAACCAAACGGGGUUUAACUGAGUUCUUGCUGCUGAGUGAGAUAAACAGAAGGGCAUAAAGCUGAGAGUGGAUGGGUCAUUUUAGAGCCGUUUUUUUUUACCGAUAUACGAGAACAUGAAGAUCGUACCGCACCAUCCGAAUGUGAUCUAGCACACGCAAUACCGCAUGGAAGUUCAGACCUUGCCUUAAAAAUGAGCCUUAUGGAAAAACGCUUGGGGUCUAUGGAGCUUUUGCACAGAGAUAAACCAGCUAACUAUGUGGUUGUAGAAGCUCUUGAAGGAUUAAAUCUUCAUAUUCAACACUUUGCUGGCAAGAAAACUAGCAUCUUCAUACCAAUCAUCAAGGCUUCUCUCUCAAACUACUGUACUCUUCAAGAAAUGCAGAAGACGAUGCUUCUUACAGUGGAAGCGUAUUUUACAAGUCUCUUUGUUAAUGACAAGCUUGGACGUCAGGUGUAUGAGGUGUGUUCUCUCUAUUCGGAAAUUGUUAGAAGAGAUGAGGCAAAUAAGGAGGCCACAGCAAAGGAGUUUAGUUGCAGUAGCUGUCAAGUCUAUUGAAGCUGCUCUUGAAUCAAAAUCCCUUACCAACCAGACAAUCAGACAGGGGAUGAAGGGCAUGAUAACAUGUCUUUCCAACUUCUAUACCCGGGAAAAAAUGUUGGAAUAUAUGACUUCUUCAACGGGAUUAACAGCCAAACAGGCGGAACACCUUUUCAAUCGUCACAUUGGAAAUGAUGCGGUGAGGCGUGAGGCUUACCAUAAGAGAGCCGCCAUGUCUGCUGGCAUUCAUGCGCGAGAAAAACAAGCAGCUGCUGAACCGGCGAAAGGAGGUGAUCCGGUUCCAGAAAUCAUCAAGGGGUUAGAAUGUGAUCUGAAAGCUCUCGCCAACCAGAAAAUCCAAGUCAUCUUUCAAAGCCUCAAAACCUGUCUCUCACAGUAUUAUACGCUUGAAGAAAUGAAGACACACAUGUCUGCUGCAGUGGAACAGUACUAUACAAGUUUGUUUGUGGAUGACAAGCUUGGACGUGAGGCAUAUUUGGAAAAAUCUCUCCGUCGUGCACCUGCUAGAAGACAUGAGGCAGAAGAAGCAGCAGCACUUUUGCAAUCUGAGGAAGAGGCUAUGGCCAGUAAAUUGGCUUCACAAGUUACCAAAGAGCUUCAAGAUCAUAUUGAAACCAACAAUGACCAGGGAUCGAGAAAGAUGAUGGAAUGCAUGAUAACGUGUCUGUCAAGUUACUUUACUUUGAAAGAAAUGCAGAUAUACAUGAGUUCGAGGACUGACUUUCAGGCAACAUCUGUGGAAAUAUGGUACACAAAACAACUUGCUCAAAGGGAUCCGGCGGCACAUGAGGCCUAUGUGGCAGUCUCGAGCCGUAUGGAGUCUUUGAGAGCACAACAACAACAGCAUGCAAGUACUUCAUAUUCUGGUGGAGAGGGGAAAUGACUAAAGAAUCUGAGGGUGUAGUUGUCUGAAGCUGUUGGAGUUUUAGAUUGUGUGGAUGGCUAAAAUGUUUGUACUCCGUUGAUCACUACUUUUCAGUUUGCAUAUCUUGUGUUGUUUGGAUCAUGCUGCUUAUAAAGUUUCUCUGACUUUGAUGAAUUGUUCUAAGUCUGAGUUGUUUUGAUUGGUUUA